AUGCGGAUUUGCACACUUCUCAAAUUGGCAGUCGCCCUCGUCGCAAUCGCUGAUCCCUGUGCCGCCCGCAAUCGCAAACCGAGGCCAUGGCCUAUUGGAAACUACUGCGCAGGCUACAAGGAACUUGCCAUAUGGACCAGAUGGCAGAUUGUUAUUGCAAACGACACAGAGUACAACUCGGAUUGUGGCCGGGGUUGUCUUGACAACGUGCGAGGACGCUGCGGCCCCGUCACAUUCUGGGAGUGCGAGCGUAACGAGGAGGGCAGAGGUCACUUUAAAUUCCUCACGAAUUCAUUUUGCACUACCGACGACAUGAUGGAGGCAAUAUACGCUUGUACGAAAGACGAACAGGACACCGACUGCACUGUCGAGUCCUGA